AUGGGGGAUGGGGGAGAGGAAGAAUUGCAUGGGAAAGCAGGGUUUCCUCAACCAGGGUUCCCCGGAACACUAAGGUUCCGCAAGAACAAUCACGGUUACCGCCACACCAGUCACUCAGGAGCGCCAGUGUUUAAUAUGGCCUCAGAAAUCCUUGAGGUGGAGCGCCCAUUGCCCAUUACCACCAAGCUAAACAGGAUCGCGAGAGUGCACGGGCAAGAACUUGCACGGGGCUCAGCUCUCCUACCCUCGCUCUUACUGAAGCCUCUUGCCUACUGUAUAAACCUGGUCCACUCGAUGCUUUUCUCAACUUUACGAGGCGAAGGGGCUGCCCUGCAAAUUGAGUUCCUCGCAUUGCCCACGGCGCAGAGGAAGGGGAUAAUAAUCAACACAGUUAAUAUCUGUCACUCGAGUACUGAUCAUAAAGACCAUGAGUUUUAUAGAGCACCAGAAACAGGUGUUGAUACCACUUGUGAUAAAAUGCGCAUGAUAUCACCACGGAGAUCAAUGAGUGGCAGUGGGUGUACAGUGACAGCCAAUUCACACUCACACUUCUCGUCGAAGUCGCAUGCACGCUACACCAUGGAAGCGACCGAGGCAGCAUCAGCGAUAAACACAAUUGAGUUUCAUUUUGGUGUCGCAGAUUGGACCAUAUUUGUCCUCUUGUUGGUGGUGUCCGUGCUCAUCGGGGUGGGCGUCGCCGUGAGGGACCGUGGACAUGCCAGUCCUCUACAGUUCCUGCUGGGAGGCAAAAACAUGCCACCCAUUGCUGUAGCAUUAUCGCUGCUAGGAGGCUGGGUGUCUGCUAUCUCCAUAUUAGGAAACUCGACGGAGGUCUACUUCCACGGCACACAGAUCACCACCACCUUGCUCGGCGUCAUACCCGCCACAAUCAUCAUGCACCAGAUCACCACUCCUAUCUUAUAUAACCUCAAACUCUAUUCCAUCAAUGAGUACUUGCAGCUGCGGUACCAGAGCGCAGCGCUGCGGAAGGUGGGAACUAGUGUCGUUCUUCUGAAUACGUCUUUCCACAUUGGCAUGUCAGUGUAUGCUCCAUCGCUCGCCCUCGCCACCGUCACCAGCAUCUCCCCCAUCAACUCCGUGCUCAUCGCUGGUGCCAUUGUCACCUUCUAUAUCACUGUCGGCGGCGUGAAGGCAGUGGUGUACACGGACGUGCUGCAAACGCUGUUAAUGUUGGCGGGCGUGUUGGCGGUUGUGGUGAUAUGCUGCAUGAAAGUUGGCGGCGUGGAAGAGGUGUGGGCCACAGCUGGGCAGGGCGGCCGGCUCGAGUUCUUCAACCUAGACACCAGCCUCAACGUCCGCCACACUUUCUGGUCCACCGUCUGUUUAGGCUUUGCCAUGACGAUAAACAUUAUUGCACUGGACCAGCCAAUUUACCAACGUCUUGCUUCCGUCAGAAGCCUCAGAAUUUCCAAACGACUCGUGUGGUUCUUCCUGGUUGGGUUGUGGUGCCUGUGGAGUUUGUUCUUCUUCUCCGGCCUGGUUGCCUACGCCACCUACAACACUUGCGACCCUCUCACCUCGGGCAAGAUCAACAAGCCAGACCAGAUCAUUCCUUUCCUGAUCACCGACAAGCUGGGCUACAUCCCUGGUCUGUCCGGCGUGUUCGUGGCGGCAGUGUACGGCGGGGUGCUCAGCACUGUUUCCUCCGCGGCGAACUCAAUGGCCUGCUUGGUGUGGCAAGACUUCCUGAAGCCUGUGCCUUACUUUGCUGAGCUCAAGGAGUUCUCCGUGAUUCGCAUCAUCAAAACUCUUUCUUUUCUGGCCGGGUUAGUGGGAACUGUAUUCGGCAUAACAAUGGGAAGUCUGGGAAACAUCUUCCAAGUUAUUUACAGUCUGAAUGGCGCCAUUGCUGGUCCGCUCAAAGGACUGUUCUUGGCUGGCAUGGUGAUGCCAUGGGUUAAUGCUAAGGGUGCGUUUGUGGGGUUCCUGGUGUCCUUCUGCUUCAGUGUAUGGCUCAUGAUUGGUCAGUUACUGAAUGGGGAUGGGACGCCCCCGCCACUGCCUCUCUCUGUGGAGGCUUGUCCUCUCUCUUCAAACUUUACUUUGGACGCCUUCACUGCACUCACCAAUAUGUCACACUCCUACGCCAAUAUCACUGUCGAGCAUUACCAGACGACCAAAGAAAUCCUCUUCAUCCUGCUCCAAAAGAAUCAACAUCUGCCUCGACAGGUCACGCCGUGUUUGCCUUUGGAGAGGAGUCACUGCGAGCCUCAGUCUUCUCCAUCUUGCAGCACGGAGGAAGAAAAAGGCAUAUCCAACAUAUCUUACUGCUACAACGGCAUGAUCGCACUGCUCAUUUCCAUGGUCGUGAGCGGCGUGGUAUCAUUACUGAUAAAACCUACUCCUCCCGAAGAUUUGACAGAAGGGGUAGUGAAUCCAACGUGUGAGCGGCUUUACCGAAAGUGGUAUUACGCAAGGAGAAGAACUACAGGCAACCUGGAACCCGUGAAUGGUUCACAAGAAGUCGUCACUAUGCUGCCUGUGUCUGACACAAACCUUCACAGCCCACAAUGACACUAAGGAUUAUGUCCCAAAUCUGAAGUGACGAAAUUUCCUAUAACUUUUAGCUCUUAUUUAUGUUUUUCUUUAAAAGGACAGAGUGUCUGUAAUUUCUACGAUGAGUCGGGUGUACGCAUUAUAUUAAUGAAGGAAAACUUUAAAUCCGAACGUUUUCUGUCAUGGCUGAACUUACUGGUUUUAAUGAAAGGUACUGUCUUGUUAACUGUUUCUACAGCAAAUCUGUCAGAGAAAUUAAGACUUGGAAGAAUUUAGUGAAAAUUAUGGAACGAAAAUUAUUUAAUCCAAGCCCUGAAUGUUGGUUAUUUGUGGUGAGAGACAGGUUAAGGUUGGAUGGGCUAGUAAAGGCGAUCUUAGACCAGUAAUGAAACUAUACAUCACAUAUCACACAAGCAGCUAUUAGGUGUCAGAGGUACAACUUGUAAUAACACGUUUUUCUUAUGUAAGAUGGAAAAAACUGGCCAAGGGCAACAGAAAUGAUUAAGCAAAAAGGUCAACUGAGGAUGCCAGUACCAGAAUACGGUCAAGAGAGUUAGCCAGAAGAAUAUGAUAAAUCUCUUGAAACCUCCCUCUUCAAUGAGUCUAAUGAGUUUAGAUCAUAGGUAAAUAGAAUAACAGAAGCAAGCAGGGAGUUCUAGAGUUUAGCAGAAAAAGGAUGAGUGAUUGCGAAUACUGGUUAACUCUUGCAUUAUGAUGUUAGACAGAAUAGUGGUGAGAGAAAGACGAAAGUCUUGUGCAGCGAGGCCUCAGGAGAGGGGAGGUAUGCAGUUAGAAAAUGGAAAAGAGCAGUUAGCAUGAAUAUAGCUGUAAAAGAUAACAAGAGAUGCAACAUUCUGGCUGUGAAAAAGAUGCUGAAGACUGCCAGUCAGAGGAUUGAAUAAGGAUAAGACGAAAAGGUUUUCAUUCCACCUUUUCUAAGAGAGCUGUAUGAGCGGAGCCCCCAUGUAUAUGUGAAGAAUGCUCAAUACAUGGGCACAAAAGGCCACUGUACCUAGUUAGCAAUUUGGGGUGAGAAACACUGGCGAAGGAGGUGCCCUCUAGACCAACAUUUCCCAAACUGGGAGAAAUUUUCCCCUGGGUGGAAAUUUGAAGCUACCAGGGGAAAAUAAUGACACUGCCUAUAGUAGCAAGAUAUACUCACAGAUGGAUUUUCUCAAAUCUGAGAGAGAGAGA